AGCAAACUCGCAUUUUCAUAGAGCUGGGAAUGAGCUGUAAAAUACGGGAGGCCAAGAGGCUCGGCUCGACCCCUUUCUGGGACGUCGUCGGCGAGCGGCUCUGAGGCAACUGGUAUGUGCUUGGAGCUUAUGAGCUCCUCAAAAGACGGGUGUUUUGCGGCAGUUGGGCUUUGCGAAGGUCUCUUUGGCGACAUGCCGAAAGGUUCGGCGCCAGCACGCUUGCUAGCUGUGUAGCACGUUGUGUGCAGUAUACUGGUAUCAAAUAUGCCUUUCUGAGAGCAGCGAUCCGACAAGAGCGUCGCGUUCGCGGGGUUCGAGUGUACUGUGAACAUCGAGUGCGCAAAGCUGAAGUUCUCCCUCCACACGCUACCGUGUGCGUGGUUAAUUCCAUGUGUCGCAAUGGGGCCAUCAGUGUGGCUUAGGGCUGGCAGCUGUGCGCCAGUUGCCCGGCUGUUGCAAACAUGCGAACAUCCCCCUUUCGCCGAGCUCUCGGUGCAGGUCGUGAGACCUCUUGCAGACCACUUUUGGAUUGGCAUGGUACGGUCAUGGUUGCCCAAUAGCGCGAAAGCGCUGGAAUGCCGGGGCGGUCCCCGGUCAAACCAGCGGUCGGCCGCGGCAGAGCCAGACGCGUUCCCAGCCGUGGUCGCGUUGGUUGUCAGCAUGCAGAGUGCAAAGCAUAUCAGAACGCAGAUACCUGCGGACUUUCGCUCCACCUUUCGCCGAGCAACCAUUUUCCACAUAUUUCCUAGCGACGAGCUUGCGAGGUUGGUAAGAGGUGUAUUUGUAUGCAUUCUAUACCGCAAGCGACUGCUAGCUUGAGGAAUCAUCCUCCCUUGCCCGCCCUGUACAGCCCGCAAGGCAGCCGCGCGGAACGCCGCGGCCCCUCACCCGAGUGCUGGGACGGGGAUGCAUACAACUGCAGUUCUCUCGCCGGCGUGUUCUGCAGCCCGGCUGCCGCAGAGGCUGACGAGCCAGCAGCCGGCGCGCAGGAGCCCAUCACGCACUUGAAGGUGCCGGGGCAACCGGCGCCUGUGGCGCUCACGGGGCCGGGCACGCGCAACACUGCCUCCGCAGCCGCUGCAGCCAUGUACAGCAGCACCAGCCCCACCGGCCUGUUCCGCGUGCAGCCGGUCUGUACGGCGUCGCAGCAGCAGCUUCUGGCGGCCAUUGACCGCAAGGUUCCGGCGGAUCUGCAGGCCGCCGCAGAGGGGUCCGGUGACGGCGCCCUCAGUGAUGCAGAGCUGAUGGCAGCGCUGGCUGGCUCCGCCAAUGGUAAAGCGCCUGGGUCGGACGGGGUCCCGUACGAGGUGUACAAGGUUUUCUGGGCGCUGCUGGGUCCGCGCUUGUGUGCUGCUGCUGCCGCUGCCUUUGCUGCCGCUGCAGACGCCCACGAUGGCGGUGAAAUGGCGGCGGCGCUGCCCGCCUCCUGGCGGGAGGGCAUCAUCACCCUCAUCUACAAGGGCAAAAGCCUGGACCGCGCCGAGCUGGCGUCGUACCGAGCCGGCGUCGUACCGGCCAGCGUACUGGCGUCGUACCGGCUGCUCAACUGCGACUUCAAGAUUUUUUUUUUUUUUUUUGAGGAAUCAUCCUUACAAGGUUGAACAGGGGCAGACGCGCUGCCCCCCUGCUGCCUGAAAGCAGCCUGGUCCCAGGACCAGAACCCUGACAGGGCAAGAAGAGGAGAGAAGAGAAGAAAAACAGAGAACAAACACCUCGAAAAC